CAACAACCGCUACAGCGCCAACACCUCCGCCCGAUUCGCGCACUCCCACCGCAUAACCACCUCCAACAUGGCGACCGCCUCUAUCCAAGACCGCACCGCCGAGUUCCGCUCCAUCCUCGUUCAAGCUCAGCGCCGCCACCCGCAGCAGGGCCGCCAACCACUCCUCUCCCCCUCGCAGAAAGCCUCCGCAAAUGGAACCGCCACACCCAGCAAGCGCUCCGAGUUUGCGCGGCGCGCCGCAGAUAUCGGUCGCGGGAUCUCAGGCACAAUGGGCAAGCUGGAGCGCCUGGCGGAACUCGCAAAGCGGAAGACCCUCUUCGACGACCGGCCCGUCGAGAUCAACGAGCUCACCUACAUCAUCAAGCAAGACCUGUCGGCGCUGAACACGAACAUCAAGGGCCUGCAAAGCCUGACAGCCGCGCAGCAUCCGAAUGCGAAACCGGGUGGCGGCGACCAAGUCGGGGAGCAUAACCAGAACGUGCUUAUGCUGCUGCAGAGCAAGCUCGCGGACGUUGGGGGCAACUUCCGAGAAGUGCUGGAGGUGCGGACCAAGAACAUCCAGGCGAGCCGGAGCCGGACGGAGAACUUUGUGAAUGUGGCGGCAAGCCAUAGCCAGUCGCUGGACCCGCAGCGGACGGAUAGCCCGCUGUAUAACCAGACGCCGCAAAGGGGACGAUCGCCUGGGUUCCAGAAUACGAGCGCUGCGCAACAGGACUUGCUGUCGCUGGAUCCGGCGGGGAGUUCGGCGCUCAUGCGGAAUGGGCCGCAGAGCGAUGCGCAGUUGAUGUUGAUGGAGGAGGCACAGCCGCAGAAUCAGUAUAUUCAGCAGCGGGGGCAGGCGAUUGAGACCAUUGAGAGCACGAUUAGUGAGCUCGGGAGUAUCUUUGGGCAGCUGGCGCAGAUGGUGUCGGAGCAGAGUGAGCAGAUUCAACGUAUUGACGCGAAUACUGAGGAUGUGGUGGAUAAUGUGCAAGGGGCGCAGAGGGAGCUGAUGAAGUAUUGGAGUCGGGUUAGUGGGAAUAGGUGGCUGGUGGCCAAGAUGUUUGGGGUGUUGAUGAUAUUCUUCCUUCUUUGGGUUCUAGUCGCAGGAUAGCAUGCAUCAAGGCUGCUUUCAGGGCACAUCGCAUUCACGGAAUGGUUUAGUCUGGCCGCAGGUGUGAGAUGAAUGGGUAUACCCAAAUAAUGAAACAUCUUACCUGCAAAGGUCCGGACCUGACGAACAAAAUAAAGCCAAUAUCAGUACUGACGCUUGGAUAAAUCGUCGUAGAGCGUCGAUUAUACACAUUCCGGGCAACACCGCCGGCUUUCCAUCCCAUAGGGUUAUGUUUUUAGUAGCGUCUUAGAAUACUUUUAUUAUCACUGGUAGAAUUUUCUUAUGUCUGACGCUAGUCGCUGUGUAUUAUAUAGAACAGGUUACUAUAGACCUCAGCAAUCCAAACGGUUCUUGGAGAGACCUAGAACUCUUACUCGCUUAGC